UUCAGCGGGUGCCAGUGCCACAACGCAGGGCUUGUGUGGAGGUGUAAGCCGCGCCGCCGCCUCAGGCCAUGCUCAGUCUCUUGUCCAAGUACGUGGUGGGCGAGACUCCCUACGAGAGUGACGUGGGGAGCUCCCAGUACACCGACACAGACGAAGAGGUGCUAGCGCCCGCCAUGCCGGUCAUCAACAUCGACCCCACAGAGCUGGGGCAGGACGCUCUCACGGCUGAGCAGCCCUCGCCCACCUGCCUCAGCCCCGUGUCUGACUCCUCGGAGGAGCCCACCGAGAAGGAGGAGGCGCCGCUGGAGCUGCCGGAGCCUGAGGUGUGCCGGCGCGUGCUGGAGCUGGUGGAGUACUACCUGAGCGAGCACAACCUGGUGAAGGACAUGUUCAUGCUGAAGCACGUCACCAAGCACCGCGAGGGCUACGUCUCCCUCAAGCUGCUCGCCACCUACAAAAAGGUGAAGCACCUCACCAAGGACUGGCGCGUCGUGGCGCACGCACUCAAGGACUCCGAGUCCCUGGAGCUUAACCCUGAGGGCACCAAGGUGCGGCGGCGCCACGCGCUGCCCCCCGAGCUGGACGAGGACACGCGGCCCUUCCGCACCCUGCUGGCCGCGGACGUAUCUCGCGAGCUGGCCAACGUGAACGCGCUGGCCGAGUUCUUUGGCAAGUUCGGCGAGAUGGUGUCCCUACAGAUGCACAAACCCGGGGGCCGCCACCUGGCAGAGGUGCGCCAGGUGGAGCGCGAGCACCCGGGAAUUAGCGGCACGGUGUGCGCCCUCGUGGAGUUCGAGAAGGUGCACCACGCCCGCCAAGCCUUCCGCACCGUUCUGAACGAUCCCGAGUGCGGCCUCAGGGUGGUGGAGGUGGCCCGCAAGAAGCGUGACCCCGCGGGUGGCGGCUACGGCAGCUCCUUCCUGCACAUCAAGAACCAGACGGAGGGCGAGAGCGCCUACUACAGCAACUCAGACUACUCGGAGCCGCCGUCCCCCGUGAGCCGCGUGCGGCCCUUCCCGCGCCUCAGGUCCCCCUUCUCCCCGUCACCCUCCCCAAAGACAGGCAGGCGGAUUCGAGGCCACCAGCAGCAGUCCUCGCCCGAAUCCUCGCCGCCCUCGCCCUACUCGCCCCGCCGCGGUGCGCCUACGCCCAGCUCCUCCCCCGAGCAGGAGCGCUCCCAGGAUCUGUACCCGCGCUACACCUCACCCCGCACCUCCCCGCUGCCCCGCCGCCGCGCCACCCCCUGCUCCCCGCCUCCUGACUCCCCCUUCCUAGGUCGUCGCCACAUAACCACUUCUCCCUGCGCCUCCCAGGACAGUGACGCCGCCGUGCCGCCCCUCAGCCCGUGGCUCAGGCGGCGGGUUUUGUCCGGCUCCUCUACGCCACUCGCUUCUCCCCUCGCGUCCCCCAACCUGCGCCGCCGCCAUGAGGCCUCCAUGAUGCUGCCGGACAACGUCACGCGCCUGCCACGCGGCCCUGACGGUUCCAGCGGCUUCCUGCCACGCCGCUCACCGCUCAUCCUGAAAGCCUGAGGAAACCGUCGCCAGCUGCUGCCGUCAGUCACGCUCGUAUACGCACUAUACAUUAUAACCAUACAUAUAAUAUUACGUAUACUACAUUACGCUGUGACGUAAUAAAGAUGUAACUUUGUC